UUUGGAAACGAUAACAGCAAAUAAUUUAAUUAUUAACUUAAAAUCAAGGACUAAUAAAAAUCUAAAUAAAAUGAAUAACGAAGAAUUAAAAGUAAAAAUGUUGAUAGAAAAAUACAAAAGCGACAAUAAAAAAUUUCUUUUUCUGAGCUCAUUAACAAGAAAAAACAUAAUUAAUGAAGAUAAUGCGUUGGAUAUAAUACGUGAAGCAUUUGCUGAUAAAACAGAUUACAGUGGGGUUUUUAAUGAUUUGGUUAAUAAUGAUCGGCAUGCAAGACGACAUGCACCUUAUCAUUUACCACGACGUCGUGGGUCUACUAUUAAUUUAUCUGAUGAAAAUGAGGAGCCAAAUAAUGAUAUUGGGUGUGUUUUUUACAUUAUUUUAGAAAAAAAUAAGUUGAUGAAAAGGGUUACUGGGAAAAUCUGUAUUCCUAUUUAUAAAUUGGCAUUAGUGCUGAAUUCCUUUCUCGAUUCAUAG